AUGGCUGCUGGUGACGACGGCGUCGAGCAGCAGCUCAUUCAGCAGCUCGACGCAUUGAUCGAGGAUGAUGAAUUGGAGGCCGCGCGGGGACGGCGCACACUCAUGGACGAGCUGCUUCGGAAAUCUCCGCGUGUGGCUCCGGAGGGUGGCGGCGCGCUCUUGUUCAACGCGUCGCCCCGGGUCGCGCCUUCCGAAGGCGCGGCGCCACUCACGUCGUCGACGCGCGUCAAGCCCUUGUGGCGGUCCGAGGCAUCACCUCGCGUCGCGCCCGACGGUGGCGGCGCGAUCCUGUUCAACGCGAGUCCGAGGGUAGCGCCGGUGGCCAUGCCGGAAGGCGCGGCGCCGGUGCAGCGCGUCGAGCUGUCGCGAGCUUCGCCGAGGGUGGCCCCUGCCGAUGGGGGAGGCGCUUUUCUGUUCAACGCGUCGCCCCGGGUGGCGCCGGAAGGGGCUCCUGUUCGGACUCAGGCCUCGCAGCCCCAAGGGGCCUCGCCGCGCGUUGCGCCGGCUGGCGGAGGUGAGAUUCUGUUCAACGCGAGCCCGCGUGUCGCGCCUGAGGGUGGCGUGCAUCAGGCACCGCACGCCUCGCCGCGCAUCGCACCGAUAGGCGGACCGGCAGCUGAGACGCGCCCACCGUCAAGGACAGACAAGCGCCCCGGCCGGUGCGACGCCUGCGGCUGGCGGACGUGCCAGUGCCCGCCGCCGCCGCCGCCGCCGACGUGGCAACCCCAAUACGAACAGAACCCGCUCCACGACACCGAGUCGCUCCUGCCAGAUACCAAACCUCCAGAACCAAAACCCAUGGGCCGCGGCGAGGCCUGGGCCUUGUCUGGCGACGUUUUACUAAGGAGCCUGCGCCUCUGGGCCGACAUGGCGACGAUCACGGAGUGGGCCCUGCAGGGGCGGACGUUCCCGUCUUUUUGUGGAUUGAGCGGCUUCGCCAUCGGCCGCAUCAUGGAGAUUGCGAUGGCCGAUGCGACCUAUCCCAAAGAAGUAAUAGGGGCGGCGUUCGGCUUUGGAUUGGCGAGCCACGCGCGGAAGUCGGCGAACACGGGACGGCGGACCGAGGCCUACGCGAUGUUAAGGUUGGUGACGACGGCCUGCGCCGCGCCGACGGCCCUCGGCCGCUUUUAUCAGCUCGGUGGCCGCGGCGAUAUGAGCUGGCUCGACAUCUGUGGCAGCACGCUCGACGUCGUCGACGCAUCCAUAGCCGCGGGCGCCGCGACGCUCGGCGCCGGCGCCAUCUGGAAAAGAAUAAGAUCGAAGGCGACGCGGACGGGGCAGCUCGUCGGGCUUAGUGUAGGCUACGCGGCCGAGAACAUCUUAAGGCUGGCGGCCUACGCGGCCGUGCUGCGCGGGGCCGUGCCGAUCUACGUGUUGCUGUUCUCGACGGGCGACUUCCUGUUCGUGCUGGUCGCGUCGUGCGGUUGCGCGCGGCACGACCGACGGGGACGGGGCACGCGGGGCCGCGCCUUCGUGCGGGCGAUUCUGUGGCUCUACGCGGACAUGCCGCUGGACUACGACCGCCACCGGCGCAUGGGCUGGGCGCACGCGGUGCUGGUCGUUGGCCACGGGUGGUUGUUUGGGUGGGCCUGCCUGUUUUAUAGAGAAGCGUCGCCGCUGGCGCGGUGGUGUUCUACAAGGGAGGCUCAUUUACACCUCGUGCUGUUCCUGCUGAGCGUGAAAGUCGUCGUCUUCGCCGGCUUCUGGCUCGCCUACGCGUACGACUCCGCGGGCGACGCGAGGCUGGAGGACCACGUCGUCGUCACGCCCCUCGACCUCCGCAAGGGUGACGAGUCGUCCAUUGAGUUGAGGAGCAUGUUUCCGACCCGUCGGAAGCCCGCGGCGGCGGCGUCGACGUCGACGGGGUGGUCGCCACGGCGCACGUCGUCGGCCUCGCGUGACGAAGCGGCGGGGUGGUGGCCCCGGCUAUCGCCCCGAAAAUCUCCGCGCGUGGCGCCUGCCGACGGCGGAAGCGCGUUUUUGUUCAACGCGAGCCCACGAGUGGCGCCGGAAGGGGUUCCUGUGCGGACCCAGGCGUCGCCGCGCGUGCCGCCGAUCGGAGCUGCGCGGCAGCGAGCGUCUCCAAGCGCCGGCAUCGUUCCGGACACGUCGCCGCGGCAGCCCGAUGGUGGCUUUUGGUCCCGGUUAUCGCCACAGAAGUCGCCGCGCAUCGCCCCCCAGGGUGGCGGCGAGAUUCUAUUGCAGGCCUCGCCGCGCAUCGCUCCGGAAGGGCUUCCUGUUCAGUCUCAGGCGUCACGCGUGAGCCCCCGCGUCGCGCCCGAUGUUUAA